AUGAACAAGUCCACCAAGGAGGUCGACGGCCUCGACAUGCCACGCUCAAAGAUUGACGAUGCUGAGGUCCAGCAGAGUCACGUCUUUGGCGACAGGACAGAUGGCGGUCCCGACUAUCGAAAUGUUGGCUGGCUGGGCACCGUGGCCCUGAUGAUGAAGACACAAAUCGGCCUGGGUAUCUUGACCAUCCCCGCGUCUUUCCAUGCGCUGGGUCUGAUUCCCGGUAUUAUCCUGCUCUGCUUCAUCGCGGUGCUCACAGGGUGGGCGUCGCAUGUCAUUGGCACGUUCAAGCAUCGCCACUUUGAGACAUAUGGCAUCGACGAUGCGGCCAGGCUGCUCUUUGGCCGGGCAGGCUUCGAGGUGUUUGGUUGCAUCUUUGUGAUUUACUGGAUCUUCAUCGCCGGCUCCGCCAUGCUGGGCAUCUCCAUCGGCCUCAACGCCGUGUCCGCCCACGGAGCCUGCACAGCCGUCUUCGUGGCUGUAGCUGCGGCCGCAGCUUUUGGCCUAGGUAGCAUCCGCACACUCGGUCGCAUCAGCUGGCUCGCCUGGAUCGGGCUGGCCUCCAUCCUCACAGCUGUCUUCACCGUGACCAUUGCCGUCGGUGUGCAGGAUAAGCCAACCGACGCCCCAGAUGACCAGCCGUGGAAGUCUGACUUUCAGCUCUUUGGCAGCCCUCGCUUCGUCGAUGCGGCGACUGCCCUCUCCGGCUUUGUCUUCGCCUAUGCGGGCGUGCCGGCGUACUUCUCCCUCUUUGCGGAGAUGAGGGACCCUCGCCACUACACGCGCUCCGUCAUCACCAGCCAGUGCGCUAUCACGGCCACGUACAUUGUCGUCGGUACUGUGGUGUACUACUUCUGCGGAUCAUACGUGGCUACGCCCGCCCUGGGCAGCGCUGGCGGUCUGUUAAAGAAGGUCAGCUACGGCUUGGCUCUCCCUGGCCUCCUCGUCUCAGCGACGCUCUUUGUUCACAUCCCCGCCAAGUACCUCCUCGUCCGCGUCCUGCGCGACUCGAAGCAUCUCACCGCCAACACCAUGACCCACUGGCUAUGCUGGAUCGGCUGCACGCUGGGCAUCACCAUUGUCGCCUACAUUGUCGCCAGCGCCAUCCCCAUCUUCGGCUCCCUCACGUCUCUGAUCGGCUCCCUGUUUGGCUGCCUCAUGUCCUUCAUGUUCAUGGGCUUCAUGUGGUUCUACGACAACUGGUCGGUCGGCAAGGCCCAACCGACCAACAAGUGGCGCCUGAGGGCCCUAUGGGCGGCCGCUGUCGUCCUCAUGGGUGCGUUCCUCAUGGUCGGCGGCACAUAUGGCUCUAUUGUGUCCAUUAUGGAUUCGUACUCGGCGUCGGGCGGCGCGAGCGCGUGGAGCUGUGCUGAUAACUCGAAUUCGAGCUAG